GCUGGGAAGUCGGUGCCGCCGCGCCCUGCCCGCCGCCCGCGCGUCCCGCCGGGGCCGCCGCCGUCUCUGCGUCCGCCAUGCGUCCCGGGGCGCCGGGCCCGCUGUGGCCGCUGCCCUGGGGGGCCCUGGCUUGGGCCGUGGGCUUCGUGGGCUCCGUGGGCUCGGGGGACCCCGCGCCCGGCGGCGUGUGCUGGCUCCAGCAGGGCCGAGAGGCCACCUGCAGCCUGGUGCUCAAGACUGACGUGAGCCAAGCGGAGUGUUGCGCCUCCAGCAACAUCGACACCGCCUGGUCCAACUUCACUCACCCGGGGAACAAGAUCAGCCUUCUGGGCUUCCUGGGCCUUGUCCACUGCCUCCCCUGCAAAGAUUCGUGCGAGGGCGUGGAGUGCGGCCCGGGCAAGGCGUGCCGCAUGCAGGGGGGCCGCCCGCGCUGCGAGUGCGCGCCCGACUGCGCGGGGCUCCCGGCGCGCCUGCAGGUCUGCGGCUCGGACGGCGCCACCUACCGCGACGAGUGCGAGCUGCGCGCCGCGCGCUGCCGCGGCCACCCGGACCUGCGCGUCAUGUACCCGGGCCGCUGCCGCAAGUCGUGCACCCACGUCCUGUGCCCGCGGCCGCAGUCGUGCGUGGUGGACCAGACCGGCAGCGCUCACUGCGUGGUGUGUCGCGCGGCGCCCUGUCCCGCGCCCUCCAGCCCCGGCCAGGAGCUCUGCGGCAACAACAACGUCACCUACAUGUCCUCGUGCCACCUCCGCCAGGCCACCUGCUUCCUGGGCCGCUCCAUCGGAGUGCGCCACCCGGGCAGCUGUGCAGGUGCGGCGCGGAGCGGGGAGCAGCGGGGUCCGGCGUCCCGCCCCUCCCCGCGCCCCCAUUUCUCCUCUGCUCCCUUGCACUCUGCAGGCGCCCCUGAGCCGUCGGAUGCAGAGUCGGAGGAGGAGGAGAACUUCGUGUGAGCCUGUGGGGCCGGCUUGGGCCUGGCGUUCAAGGCCUCCCCGUUUUAUUUAUUGCCGCAGCCGAGUCUAAUUUAUGUCCCACAGACGCUCCCCAGAGUCUGGACCGGGACCAGCCGGGGGGAGGUCCAGGAGCCCCCAGACAAUAUCCUGGAAGGAUUAGGGGAAGGAGGCCUGCGGGUGUGGCUGGGGGUGGGGUGCUGCCCAGGAGGACCCCCUGCGUCUGCCCUGGGGGGUAACUUAGUUAUCAUCACCGCGGAGAGGGUGGGGGUCCCCCGGCCAGCAGUGGCUGAAGCAGCCCUGCAGCCCUCUAGGCCGCAGAUGGGGCGAGGAGGGGUCCGCAGCCCCGUGUAUGAGCCUCAGAACCCACCCAGGCCCCGGUGGACAAGGACUUCCCCGUGGCCUCAGUGUCCCAGGUGCGCCCAGCAUGUCCCUGGGGUGGGUUGAGGGGAGGGACACUCUCCGUGUCCCCUGACACGGCGUCCAGCCAGCAUCAGCCUGGAGCAGGGCAUAUGUCCAGUGGUGCCCCAAGCAGUUAGGGCGGGACCCUGCGGGGCCACCGGCCCCUGCCCACCCCCUGGCGCGUGCGGGGUGUAUGCGCCCAUCGCCCCCCUGCCUCCUGGAGCCGCGUGUCCAGGCGCCAGCCCUCCUGCUUGCUGCCCGUCCACAGGUGAGGUCCAGACCAGAACCCUCAGUCCCACAAGACUCGCCCUGGCCGAGCCCCUAAGCCCAGCCCCCGCCUGGACCCUCCUCACCCACCUGCCAGCUCAGGAGGCUUGACACCAGGCGGGUGAUGGCCCUGGGCCUCGUGUGGGGUGUUGGCAGGUGUCACCUCCCCGUGUCUGCACGCACACCGAAGGCCCAGGCCACGCGUGGGGGCCCCACGGGCAGGAGCCCGGCUGCCCGAGUCCGGGCGAGCCGCGCAGGGGCCAGUGGUGCUCAUCUUACCCUCGCCCCUCAGAAGUGCCUUACCUGUGAUUCCCAGAAAAGUGCCCUUGAGUAAUUAGUGGGCUCCCCGGAGCCCCUGACAAGGCCCCCUCCCCACCCUGGGGUCCUGCCUCACCAAAGAAAUAAAGACUCCACUCUGGAGUGUCCGAGCCUG